AUGAAUGCUCAUAACGCCGUUUCUGAGUUUAUCCGCCGGUACCAGAGCCUCUCUGCUCAUCGAGACUCUUAUGACCAUCUCAUCAAGGAUCUCAUCGUAUACUCUGAGUCGAUUGAGUCAAAACUCCGCGUCGAGAAUGCCAACUUGGUCAGCCGGAUUCGAGACACCGAACUUAGCCUCGAGGACGCCACCAGAUCACGACGGGAAUUACAGCAGCAAGUUCGGCAGCUCGAAGUCUACCGCGACGCUGUACUGCAGGAUCACAACUACCUGAAGGUAGCACCACUGGCUGGGGAUGCCGGCGACUGCUCACUCUCCUGGCAGAAUAGCAAUCCCUACGUUAUUGCACUGUUAGACGGCGACUGUCUUCUUUUUAAGGAGACCUUCAUCAAGCAAGGCGUCGAGGGCGGCAAGAAGGCAGCAUAUACCUUGCGAGCCGCCAUCCUCGAGCAAUGCGGUGCCCAUGCCAACAGCAUCGAGGUGAUUUCCACAGUGUAUGCUAACCUUGCCGGCCUGUGCAAGGCCAUGCGCAACGAUGGCAGCCUGGGUCCUGAAAACGAUCUCAAAAGCUUCACGUUAGGCUUUACCCAGGCCAAGGUUAUCCUCGGCAUAUCCCAUGACGCCGGUUACGCCCCCUUUUUGGACGAGCUCUUUCAGGACCCCUCGCUCCGUGUUCGCGUCACAGUCCUCGAGGGCAUCCCCACAGUCCGCGAGGUUGCCGCGACGGGGGUAAAUAUCUUGAAUAUGAACGACAGCCUCUUCCGGUCUGAGAAGCCAGUCCCCAAUGCCGACCUCGUGCCUUGCAGCCCGGUAACCCCCGUCGCCCUCCCACACUACGGCCCAGUAUCCCCCGCCGGAGCCAAGACUAUGACCACGAGCGAUACCAGCACUGGCAUCCCAACGCCCUCCACCUCAGCUACGUCAACGCCGGGCCAAGUCACUGCCACCACCUACGCCCUCGCUGUCAAGAAUCCAUCUCCUCCGCCGCCAAUUUCCUCCACACAACCAAAGCUGACCCCCAUGUCCCCAACUCGUCCUCAACCAGCGAAAUCCACGAUUUGGAACCCCGGCCCUCGCGGUCUCGACACCCCGCUCAAGGUAUCCCAGGCGGCGCUCGAUGCGGUCAAGAAGCGGCGCGACCAGAGCAAGCUGUGCAACAACCACUAUCUGCGUGGACCCUGCGCCAAGGGCACCGCCUGCGCCUUUGAGCACAAGUACAGGCCCACCCCGAACGAGCUGGUCGCCAUCGCCUUUUUGGCCCGCCUCAACCCGUGCUCUAAUGGGCAGAAGUGCGAGGUGGUGGAUUGUAUUUAUGGGCAUCAUUGCCCGAGCGUGCAGAGCGGGGUGUGCACGCACCCGUUCUGCAAGUUUGGCAAGGAGGAACAUCCGCCUGGAACCAAGGUCAAGGCACACAAGCCAUAG